GACGAAUUUUCGAAGCGAUCAUGUGGCAUCACUAUCUGUUUGUUAAACAAUUGGAUCUUAAAAACUUAACUAUUUACUGUGCCUUUGAAUUUUAAUUGAUUUGAUAUACAUUUACAUAUAUUUAAUUUAAUGACAAUAUAUAGCUGAAAAUUAAGAUUGAAAAUGUCAAGAAACGAUAAAACAAAAACGGCUUCAACGGACAGUUGGUUUGAAGGAUGGUUUGGUAGUCAAAAGAAAAAAAACAACAGCAACGUUUCAAACAUUCCACCUAAGCCAAACACGGUAGAUAAUAAUGAAGUUGAUGUUCAAGAGCUGGAAUAUAGAAUUAAAAAUCUCGGCGACAACGAGAUACAUUCGAAAUUUUUAGAAAUUUUAGAAGAUAUGAAUAUACCAAAGGACAAACGAGAGCCCCUUUUGGCGAAAGCCUUGGAAGAAAAGCGGAAAAUGAUAUUCAUGCAUCUAAAAGGUAAAAGUUCUAAUGAACAUCGUUCAAGCUCCCGAUUCGAAAAACCAUCUGACUAUAUCGAAUAUCUGCGUAAUAAAGAACACAGCGAAAAUAAAAUCUAUCAAUGUCUGGAAAGUUUACGGGUGGCACUUACAAGUAAUCCUAUUUCAUGGAUAAAAGAGUUCGGGGAAGAUGGCAUAAAUGAAAUAGUAUUGCUAUUAAGACGUUGCUUGAAAGAGCGUGGAUUUGAUAGAAUUGAGUUUGAGUGCAUUCGAUGUCUAAAGGCUGUUAUGAAUAAUACGUGGGGCUUAAAUUUAGUAUUAACUCCUGAACUGCACACAGUCAUACUCUUAUUGGCACAAUCGUUAAAUCCUCGAAGACCACAAACAAUGUGUGAAGCUGUAAAAUUACUGGCCUCCUUCUGUCUUGUUCCAGAACGUAACGGCUACGAUAAAGUUCUGCGAGCAAUAACUAGUGCAGCGUCAAAUAAUUAUAAAUCUAGUGAACGCUUCAAGCCCAUUGUUGAUGCACUUUUUAUGGAAGAAAAAAGUGAUACAAAAAGAGAUUUAGCCUGUCAUAGUCUUAUUUUUAUUAACACAUUGACAAACACGCCCAGCGACUUAAAUUUUCGUUUACAUCUACGCUGUGAAAUAAUGAGAAUGGGACUUUAUGAGAAAUUUGAUGAAUUUAAUGAAAUCGUUUGUAAAAGUAACAACGAUGCAUUAAAGCAACAUUUUAAAAUUUUCAAUGAAAUAAGAGAAGAUGAUUUCGAAGAAUUUAGCCAAAGGUUCGAGAACGUCACCUUUAACAUGGAUGAUAUGGGAGACUGUUUUGAAGUACUUAAGAAUCUUAUAGCCGAUACUAGUUCCGAACCAUAUUUUUUGUCAAUACUUCAACAUUUACUUUUCAUAAGAGAUGAUUUUUACUUUCGACCGGCCUAUUAUCAGUUGAUUGAGGAAUGUAUACAACAAAUUGUGUUACAUAAAGGCCAUUGCGAUCCAAACUUUGAAAAUCGUACCUUUAAUAUUGAUACAUCACUAAUUUUAGACGAUAUCGUUGAAAAGGUAAAAGCAAAGGAAACGAGACGUUCGGAGGAAUUUGAGAAAAAAAUUGAGGAAUUGGAAAUUGCAAAACAGGAAGCAGACGCUAAAGUAGCUCAUCUAGAAGAAAAAUUAAAAUUAAAAAUAACUAAUGAAUCUAAUGACAAUGUGUUAGUGUCGGGUAUUUCGCAAAAACAAAGCAGCAUUUCAAAGAAUGCUGCGGGACCGCCACCACCGCCUCCUCCUCCACCUCCACCCCCAUCAUCAAUGGGAGCCCCACCUCCACCACCGAUGCCGGGCUUUGGUCCAGCACCACCGCCGCCACCGAUGCCGGGCUUUGGUCCAGCACCACCGCCGCCACCGAUGCCGGGCUUUGGUCCAGCACCGCCGCCACCACCACCUAAUUUUGGCUCCGCUGCGGUCCCUGGACUUAAACUUGGAAAUCCGCCCUCUGGUCCAGUAAACGAACUUCCUUUAGGUCUAAAACCAAAAAAGAAAUGGGAAGUUAACAAUCCAAUGAAACGAGUUAAUUGGAAAGUUGUGGUGCCACAAGCAAUGUCAGAGAAGGCAUUUUGGAUUAGUUGCCAAGAAGAUCGCUUAGCAUCAGAUCAAUUUCUUUCCGAGCUUUCUGAAAGAUUUUCAUCAAAACCUGUCAAAAAGUAUCAAAAGGAUGCGGUCGAUAAGGGUAACACUUUGCCAAAGAAAAAUAUAAGCCUAUGUGUACUUGACUCAAAAUCAGCUCAAAAUUUGGCAAUUCUACUUGGAGGAUCAUUAAAGCACUUAUCCCAUGAACAAAUUAAAACUUGUUUAUUGCGUUGCGAUACUGAUAUAUUAUCUUCAAACAUUUUGCAAAAUUUAAUUCAAUAUUUACCAUCGCCAGACCAGCUAAAGAAACUUCAGGAUAUAAAAGCGAAAGGAGAUCCGCUCUCUCCCAUUGAACUCUUCGCAGCCACGAUAGGCGAAAUAAAGAGGCUAAUGCCGCGUCUUCAUAACCUUAAUUUCAAAUUGACAUAUUCUGAUGUUAUUCAAGACAUAAAGCCCAACAUUGUAGCUGGAAUAGCAGCUUGUGAAGAAGUUCGAAACUCCAAGAAAUUUGCCAAAGUUUUAGAACUAGUUUUAUUAAUGGGGAAUUAUUUGAAUUCAGGAUCAAGAAGUGAAGCUGCAUUUGGAUUUGAAAUGUCCUAUCUUGCGAAGCUCUCCAGCACAAAAGAUGUGGAUAACAAGCAUACUCUACUACAUUAUUUGGUAAAGGUUAUAGAAACUGACUUUACUGAAAUUCUAUAUUUUUACAAUGACUUAACACAUAUUGAUAAAGCUUCUCGAGUAAAUGUAGAAUCCAUUCAGAAGGCUAUGCGUCAAAUGACUUCUGCUAUCAAAGCUUUGGAAACAGAUUUACAAAAUAAUAAAGUACCUCAAUGCGCAGAUGACAAAUUUAAUGAAGUAAUGGGAGAUUUCGCACACAGCUGUCGACAGCAAAUUGAUGUUUUAGAGAAAAUGCAGAUUCAAAUGGAAAAACUAUACAAAGAAUUGGGAGAAUAUUUUUCGUUCGAUUCUAAGAAAUAUUCGCUAGAAGAAUUCUUUACUGACCUAAAAGCAUUUAAGGACGCUUUUAUACAAGCACACCAGGAUAACGUUCAUCAACGUGAAGAAGAAAACAAGAAGCGAAGAUUACAAGAAGCAAAAGAACAAUCUCUUCGUGAGCAAUUAGAAAGACAGCAGCAUAAAUUAGCGCUGGUGGAUAUGGAUUCUACACAAACUCAAGAAGGCGUAAUGGACAGUUUAUUAGAAGCGCUGCAAACGGGAACCGCUUUUGGUAAUCGCAAUCAAAGACAAAGAAGACCGCGACCAUCUGGAGCAGAACGGCGUGCUCAACUUAGCAGAAGCCGAUCUAGAACUCGUAUUGGUACAGGAGCCUUUGUUACAUGUGAAAUACUUUCAAAUAACAAUUUCGCCCAGAAAUAACUUUAGAGUAAAUUUAAUGCUGUUGUCAAGAUAUUAUUCUAAAACCCGAUUUUUAUGAAAUUUACUUAUAUUUGUAAAACCCUCGAAACUUAUAAAGUUGAGCAAAGUAAUAAAAUAUUAUAAUAAUUAA